AUGUAAGCGAGAAAUUUAUAAUUCUGUGUAGAUUGUUAUAAAACUGGAGGUGCAUUAGGGAUUGGUUUCUUAGGCUUUGAAGGUGGCAUAGAGUUAAGUGUUCCUUUAGGGUUUCCUGGAAUGGCAAUUGGAGGAAAAGUUGGAGAUUUUGUUGGAAGAGCAGCUGAUAACUUAUUUAUCAGAGCUAUUGACGAUUAGUGUGAAGAAUGGAUAUUAAUUAAAUCCAAGUAAGCGUCCUUUAAUUAAAUGGUAAUGUAUCAAGGAUAAUGCGAGAGGUUUAAUUUUAAUUGGUUAAACAAAUACUCAUAUAGCAUGUUUAAUAACUAAUAUUAGUAGGGAUAAAAUAUAAAUUUAGCCUCAAGAAGAUGUUGGAAAUUAAAUUUGAUUAACAUAAAUAUUUAGGUUAUAAUGAUUCUUCUUCAAUAAUUACAUUUAGCCUUCUAGCAACCGCAUAUGAAUAUAUUAAUGAUCAUGAAUUUCUGUAGCAAUUUAUUAUGA